UGUGCAGUACUGGAUACAGGACACUGUAUGUAAACUGAGUUGUAAUUGCGGGUAACGUCCGCCAGGGGGCGUGGCUGGAAUGGGAUGUUCUACGUCACGGGAAUUUCCAGCAAGGAAGUCAACUUUCUAUACAAACACAUCGAUUUUGGCAUAAACCGCUUAUCAAUGAAACUAUAUCGUCCUUGUCUAUCGACAUUUAUCGGCUUUUUUUAUUCCUGAAUGCUCUGGGUUUCUUCUGUAAAGAAGUCGUUUUGUAAUAUUUCAUGAGAACAGCAGCGUGAGAGAGAGAGAGAGAGAGAGAGAGAGAGAGAGAGAGAGGCUUGUCUCUAUCAACAACACGUUUAGAGGUUUAACAUGGCGCAGUAAACUGAUUUUUAAACACUUUUAGGACGCACAGCAUCCAAAUUCAUGUUCUUUCUGCAUUCUGGACUGUUCUUCGUAAAGGAACCAUGACUGAAGAGGACACGUAUCUUCCAGUGCACCAGGAGUACUUUGACUUUGAUCCCCCAUGGAUGCCGAUUGACCCGGGUUUUGCUACUAUGCCGCAAUCGAACCCACAUCCUAUCGAAGGACCUUGUCUCCAAAUUACAGAACAACCCAAGCAGCGUGGCUUUAGGUUUCGUUACGGCUGCGAGGGCCCGUCUCACGGCGGACUCCCAGGAGCCUGUAGCGAGAAGAACAGGAAGACGUAUCCUCAGGUCAAGAUCUGUCAUUAUCAUGGUCCAGCACGAAUUGUGGUCCAGCUGGUGACCAACACCAAACAGCCACAUCUGCAUGCGCAUAGCCUUGUGGGAAAACAAUGUGACAAGGGCAUCUGUGUCGUUGAGCUCCAGCCCAAAGACUCCUCCAUCAGUUUCCCUAACCUAGGUAUCCUUCAUGUGACUAAGAAGAACGUGAAUAAGACUCUGGAGGAGAGGAUGAGUGAAGCCUACAGGCUCGGUUACAACUACGGCGUGGCCAUCCAUUCGGAAAUCGACUCUUUCCAAGGAGAGACACGCCUUCCCAGAGAGCUCACAGAGCACCAGAGGAUUCUGAUCUGCAAUGCCGCAACCCACCAGGCCAAAGACAUGGACCUGAGCGUAGUGAGGCUCAUGUUCACUGCUUUUCUGCCCGACAGCGAGGGCGGCUUCACCCGCAGACUCGAGCCCGUCAUAUCCGAGCCCAUCUACGACAGCAAAGCUCCAAAUGCCUCAAACCUGAAGAUCGUGCGGAUGGACCGCACUGCAGGGUGUGUGACGGGUGGAGAGGAAGUUUACCUGCUCUGUGACAAAGUUCAGAAAGAUGACAUCCAGGUGCGCUUUUAUGAGGAUGAUGAGACGGGAAUUGUCUGGGAGGCAUUUGGGGAUUUCUCUCCCACCGACGUGCACAGACAGUUUGCCAUCGUGUUUAAGACGCCGAAGUACCGCGACCAGAACCUUCAGAAACCCAUCUCAGUGUUCGUGCAGCUCAAGAGGAAGUCGGACAACGAGACCAGCGAGCCCAAACCGUUCACCUAUCACCCACAGAUCAUAGAUAAGGAAGAAGUACAGAGGAAGAGACAAAAAACGCUGCCCAAUUUCCCAGAUUACGGCGGAGCAGGGGGCGGAGUCGGGGGCAUGUAUAGAGGACCAGGAGGCGGGGCUACAUCAGGGGGUGGCCACGGUGGAGGUGGAGGAGGAGGUGGUGGAGGAGGUGGAGGUCAUUAUUACCAGGGUUUUUAUAACAACUUCAACUCUGGCUAUGGCUUUCCACCCUCCAUGGGUGGAGGAGGGAGCGGCAUUAAGCACUCCAGUCACGGUCCGGUGGAAGACACGGACGAAGAGAGCGACAGCGAUCUGGACGAUGAUCCCGGGACGGGGGGAGUGUGUGUCCAGCCUGGAAUUCCAGCUUCGGAGGAGAAGAGUGAAGAGAGCAAGGGUGUGGAGGAGUCUGGAGUGUGUGAGACAGAAACCACAGACUGUGUGUUUGAGCCGGGGUUAGCUGAGCUAGCACAGAGACAUGCUGGGGCUUUAUGUGACUACGCCGUAAGUGGUGAUGUUCGCAGGCUGCUGGUUCCACAGCGCCCUCUGAUGGCUGCUCAGGAUGAGAACGGAGACACGGGGCUGCACUUGAGCGUGAUCCACAGUCGGACGGAUGCAGUGAAGAACCUAGCGGAGGUGAUAGCAGCGAUUCCCGGAGAGGAUGUGAUGAACAUGAGGAAUGACCUGUAUCAGACUCCAUUGCACCUGGCCGUACUGACUGAGCAGAAGGAAGCUGCCGAGGCGCUAAUGGAGGCAGGAAGUGACAUCACUCUCACCGAUCGCCACGGCAACACGGCACUGCACCUGGCCGCCCAGCAGAAGAACGGCGAGAUGAUCCAAGUGCUGCUGAGACACCAAGCGGCGAUGGAGCUAAGCAACACGCACAACACAGCAGGUCUGUGUCCUCUGCAUAUAGCCAUCUUGGCUAACAGCCUGAGCAGCCUGAGGGCUCUACUGAAGGCCGGGGCUAACGUAGAGGUUCAGGAGCGAACAUGCGGUCGCACACCGCUUCACCUCGCUACCGAACACGACAACGUCUCUCUCGCCGGAUGCUUGCUGCUAGAGGGCGACGCUGAAGUGGACAGUCUGACGUAUAACGGCUCCACACCUCUUCACAUCGCAGCAGGGCGGGGCUCUCUCAAACUGAGUGCACUCCUCAUCGCCGCAGGUGCAGAUCCUCAUAAAGAAAACUUCGAGCCGCUGUUCUUCAGAGACGAGGAGUGCUACAGGGAAGACAGAGACGAAGUGGACGAGGGCUACAUCCCAGGGACAACCCCACUUAACAUGGCUGCUUCAUCAGAGGUUCGGGAAAUCCUGAACGGUAAACCGUACCAGCCCAGCACUGUAGUCAUCCCACCACAAGGAGACAUACAGAGUCUGAGCGCAGAGACAAAGCAGGCGCUGUGCAAAUGUCUGGAGGAGUCUCCAGGGGGCUGGGAGAGUCUGGCACACACACUCAGACUAGGCAUCCUCAUCAACGCAUUCCGCCUCAGCCCACGGCCAGCCUGCACACUUCUGGACAGCUAUGAGGUAUCAGGCGGGACGGUGCGCGAGCUCUUAGCAGGUCUGAAGAGUAUCGGGAACACCGGCGCUAUCAGCAUACUGCAGGAGCACUUUGUGUGUGAGGAAAACGAUAACACACACAACGAACAUCUGACCACAGACGGUGGUGUCUGUGCAGGUCUGCAGGAUCUAAAAUUAUCUCCGUCGGACGACGGCGGCGUGUGCGAUAGCGGUGUGGAGACGUCCUUCCAGUAGCCGAGCCUCAACAUGACUGACUGACUCGCUGACCUCUGACUGGAGCCAAAGUCCCCAACCUUGAACUAAGAACUCACAAUCUUCAAAGGCGCUCGGAUCUGGGACUCGCCUUGGCCUCUGCGAUUGGCUGGGCCACAUCCACACGCAGGACCAUUGGCUAGGCAGCGCUUGGAGUGUUGUGAUGUUGAGACGCACUUGGUUGAAUAAUUUCAGUUGUAUAAGAUUUUUAUUUAAGUAAAUUUUUUUUUUUUUUUACUCCGUACAGUUUUUUUUUUUAAUUGUUUUUGAUUUUAUUAAGACACAGACAGUGACAGUUAAACCAUGUCGUGUUUAUUUUCUGACAGAUAUUAAGCCUACAUUAAUGUCCAGAAAUAGCGUACAACCGUAUACAACUACGCCAGGUUUUUGUGUGAGAGUGGUAUUAUUAGCAUCAUCAGGAGUUUAAAUAUUCAGGGUUUAUACUAUAUAUUAAUGUUCCUUAUUAUUAUUAUUAUUUUUUAAGUGAAUCCUGCCUCAGGACUCCGCUGCACUCCAUUUAACUCAGCCUGCUUCUUGUAGUCAGUUUCAUCCCAAAGUCUGGCAUCUUGGUCACACCUGAAUCUUAGUGUUUAUUCUGGUUUUUUUUUUUUUUUGGAGCCUCUGGACCAAUAGGCUUUUAGUAUACUGAAGAAAAACAAUGAAAGGAAGCUUUUAAAAACAGUUUUACAGCAGUGGAAUUUAUUUAACUUUAUUUCUCUUACCAUUUUGUCUAAGCUUUUCAUCUACUGUUGCCUUGCACAGGUGUUUAUGGGUACUGUGUUGAUUUUUUAUUUUUUUGUGUGUGUGUGUUUGUGGUGCUACAAUCAGAAACAAAUAUGAGUACUGAAUGAAAUACCAUUUUUUUCGGCAUUUUCAAGAUUGCUUUUAUUUCAUAAGCUGUCAUAGGGCAUUUCCCACCUCCAAAUCCUAGCAAAUCAAACUCUCGAAUCUAAAAGGAAACGAUUUGCCAAAAAUAUACACAAUUACCUUCUAACCCAAUAUGUACAAGAUCAGCCAAGACAUUACUGUUGUUUAAAGUUUGCUUGUUAAUUUUCCCAAUGUAACUAACUAAUUAAGUGAGGAAAGCUUACAGUGUUGUGUAUGCAUCUAUUCAUUCAUCUUCAGUAAGCGCUUUAUCCUGGUUAGGAUUGCGGUGGAUCCGGAGCUUGUCCCGGGAACGCUGGGCGCAAGGCAGGAAUACACCCUGGAUUGGACACAGGUCUAUCACAGAGCACCAUUCACACACAUGAGUAGUUUAGUGUAGCCAGUCCACCUGUUUCUGGGACGCAGGAGGAAACCAAAGAACUCGGAAGAAACCCACGCAGACACAGAGAGAACAUACAAAGCCCCACACAGACAGUAACCCGAGCUGGGAGACGGCAGUGUUACCCGUCUCCACUUCAUCGUCUUGUGCAAAGCUCAUUCUAAAUCAUUGCAUAGUCGCUCUGAAGCUGCUGCGGAGUGAUAACGAAAUGGUUGCAGUGAAACGAUCGCUGAUUGCUGAUUGACUAAAUUCGAGAUAACAGGAAAAUUGUGUACGUUUUAUUUCUGCUUUUUAAGACCACUGUGAUCUGAUGAGAUCCACAUGCACGUGUGCUUUCCUCAUGGAGAAAAAAAAAAAAAAGUCAAGCAUGAAAAUGUUUAAUGUGAUGUAUGCACAACCAGUGUGUGACGAUCUUUGCACUGUGAGGAUUUCAAGAAAGUAGAGAAAUGUUUACCAGAGAUUUUUCCCAACAUGUGCUUGCAGUUCUAAGUAAAAAAAAAAUUGAGAACAUAUCAGUAUAAAGAAAUUAUAGAAACAAAACACAGAACUGCACACAAAAACGUUUGUUAUGCUUUAUCUUGUUUUACAAACUGAUCCAAAAUUGUUUUUCAUCGCUCCUCUGGAUAACUGGAUAGACAUAUGAAGCUCCAUGCCCUUUUUUGUUUGUUUUUAGUGAUGUUCUCAUGAUCUAGAGCUUCUUUAUAUCAUUUAUAUUGCCUUUAAUUUCCCAUAUUAGCUCCAUACUCCUAUAUGUUGUUAUAUAGUGAGGAAAACCAACGCGUUGUUCUUGCUUAGCAGUGAAACUGUAUUUAUAACUGGCUUUGAAAUGGGUUUUUAUUGACGUCCUUUUAUAAUAAAACUAUUAAUUACACUCUG